AUGCGAUCACCACCAAUCGAUUUGAAUACACUUUCAAUAGAAUUGCACAAAAUUGCACAAGCCAAGACAAAAUUGGAAGAUUUCACGAUGAAGCGUAAUGAGCUAUUGGCUGAAUUAGCCGAUUUUCAGCAGUCUAAAAAAUUCAUCGAAGAAACACAAAAAACAAUCAGUGAUUUAAAUGAAGAAAAGGAUGCGCACAGUGAAAUUAUCCAACAAAUUAAUAUGGAUAAGCAAGAAUUGGAAAAAAUAAUGAAUUCAGCUAAGCAAGAAAAACGACAAAUGGAAGAGAGUAUUAGUCAGAAGUAUGAGGAGAUAUUUCGUUUGCUGGAACAAACCAAUGAGUUAUCGCGGGAAAGCGGUAUUGCUGAAGAUGAUCUUAUCUCACCCUCAAUUAUACCACCAAAUAAAAUUGCUCCAAAUUUUUCAUCUGUUGGAUCUUUAGCUGCUGCUACAAGCGCAAAUGUAUCACCGCUAUUGCGUCAUUUCAAGGUUAAUUCAGUGCCAGCUGUUAUACAGCGUGCCAUGUUCAAUUUUGAUUCCAUUUUACUGCAAGCAGCGGCAGCACCAACAAUGCCAAGACCACCAACAAUACCACAUGCUUUCCCGACCACUUCGUCACUUUCUAAAGUUGAUCAUCAAUCACCGCCUAUGAAAACAUGUCAAUCCUGUUUCCAGCAAAUUCAUCGUAAUGCUCCAAUAUGUCCAAUGUGUAAAAGUAAAAGUCGAUCAAAAAAUCCGAAAAAACCAAAAAGGAAAAUGGCAGAAUGA